AUGCUCGCGGCCCUCAGCGCGGCGCAGUGGGUGGUGGGCAAGGCGCUGGCCCCUGUGGCCGACGGCUUGCUGGAGGCUUGGGAUGCCAGCAAGCGCUUGGGUCUCAACAUCGAGGCCCUGAGGAUGGAGCUGCUGCUCGUGCAGGCCACGCUCGAGACCGCCAGCCGCAAGCAGAUCGACGGCCGGGCCAUGGAGGAUCUGCUGGGGAAGCUGGGGCGCUCGGCGCACUCCGCCGAGGACUUGCUGGACGAGCUGGACUACUUCCGCAUCCACGACGAGCUCCACGACGCGUACGACGCUGCAGACCAGCAUGCCAAGGGAUGCUUCCAUGACCUUGCCCUCAACGCUCGUCACACUGCCUGUUGA